AUGCUGCGCUGUAGUCCGUGUUUGUGGUCCCCUGUUUUUUGCCGUAUUGUCGAUAUUAUGCGGCAAAACGAGCCGUACGCGCGGUCGGGCAUUCUGUACCCCAUCGGUGUGGAGCUGGGGGCGAAGGUGGAUAAAUGCACGCCUCGUGAGCUACAAGACAAGGUUGACAGUUUACUUGCCCGUUCCCAGCGGUCUGCAACAGUCAAGACGGGAAUGGUGUAUAACACCGAUCAGUCGGUGGCGACUGAGAUCAAGGCGUAUGAGCGUUACGUCUUCACAGGCAACAUGCGUGGGGGGCACAUUAAGGGUGAUCACCGUUUUGGCCCACGGUUGACGGGUUAUGGAGGCGCUACGACAAGGCCAGGGCUGAGAUGGAACGGAGACGACUUGUGA